UUGUGAUCACAGUGGAAGAACUGCAUAUUUAAAGCCUGGAUUCCAUUUACUACUUAAGGUUCAAAGGGCAUAUUGGUCACAUGAUCAUGAGGCCAUAAACUUUGGUUUUACCUUAUAAGGGUACAGGUUUUGAGAAGUGUCACAUGACAGAGCACCUCGUUACAAUAAAAACAGACAGCAACACGCUCCGCUUACGUGUCUCACUUCGUGAAGAUGACUGUGCUACCGAUGUGCCUCUUGACCACGAUUUUAGCUUUGUUGGGCACUUUUGUCCAGUCAACAGAUGGCCUUGGAGUCCUUUCCUUAAAAGACGGCACUAGUGAUGUACGCUCAAAGGUGGAUGCCAUUAGAGCCAAGACUUCAGAACUGAACAAGCUUCUUUUGUCUUUGCAAAACAGUCUUGAUUCCUGCCUUGGUGUAACGACAACAGGGAUCCAGUGCGCGUCUGGCUUUGUGAAGUUCCAACGCUCGUGCUACAAGUUUGUGAGAGAGGAGAAGACGUGGCAACAGGCACAGCAUGACUGUCGUACCAUGGGGGCGAACCUGGUGUCCAUUAAGUCUUGGGAGGUGCAGAAGUUUAUUCAGGACCACACAGCCGCGAACAAAGACCUGUUCCCAAAUGAUCUCGGGUUUCACGGUGGAGCCACAGACACGGCAAUGGAAGGGAUUUGGCAAUGGGUUUCUGACGGAUCUUUGGUCCAAGGAUACUUAGGCUGGGACUUCUUUCAUGGCAGACAUCAGGACGGAGGCAGAGGCGAGAAUUGUUUGCUGCUGUAUGCUGGACGCAAAUAUCUGUGGCAUGACGAACCCUGCAGCUAUAAGACACAUUCUAUUUGUGAAAUUGAAAAUUGAGGACCUUGGUAUAUUUACAGUCUGUGUGCAGUCUACUAGCUUAUUAAAAAGGAAGUUGUACAAGCAGAUGUAAAUCACCAGGUACGAACUUGUAAUGUGUUAGAAGAACUUCUACUCACUUUAUAAACUUGACAUUUACCGUUGUACGUGUUGAUGUUCAUAAUGAAUCAUUUAAAAUUUUUCUUUAUAAGAGGGUAAUUGCAAAUAAAAAUGGGGAAGCUCCCUCUACUAGGUAUUUGAAUUCUCAGUGACACAUGAUCUUAAAUUACAAAAAUUAGUGUACAAUAAAGGCCUUUCAUCAUCCAACAGUAUUUCUGUUCUGUCCACUAAGAACAACAAUUUAUUUAUCAUGUAAAGCGUUUCUUUGUCUUCAAAAAUUUAUUGUUUUGACGAAAAAUAAAUUUCUUUGGAACAGCUUCU